AUGGCACCCUCGGUAGCGAUUCUUCCCGAGAUCACCGACGUUGUCGCUCCCAAGAAAGACUCGCUUGGCCUGCCAGAACGCACACGUGCUCGCCUUGAGAAAGCCGGCAUCGAUCUCUCUGAAGGCUAUCCAUAUCGCCCGUCCCGCCCACUCUACCUUGACGAUGUCUACAACAUCCGCAACACCGACCGCGAGUUCGUCGAUGCAGGCUCUCGCGCUGACAGAUCGAUGUCUGCUCUCUUCUCGGCUGCAAGCAAGGUCACUGACCUGACCACCUAUAUUGGGACCGAGAUCGAAGGUCUCCAGCUCAAAGAUCUGACUCCACAGCAGAAGGAUGAGCUUGGGCUCCUCAUCGCCGAGCGUAGCGUUGUGUUCUUCCGUGAUCAGGAUAUCUCACCUCAGCAGCAGAAAGAGUUGGGAGAGUGCAUCUUCCGCCGUCCUGGCGGCGCAUCCCGCUGGCACACCGACCUCGUGCACGAACGCCAGCCCGCCGGUAUCACCCACCUGCACAACGACACAGUACCUCCCAUAGGCGGCGACACGCUCUGGGCGUCCGGCUACGCCGCCUACGAGAAACUCUCUCCUGGAUUCAGAAAGAUCAUCGACGGCAAGUACGCUGUCUACCGCAGCGCCCACCCUUAUCUCGACCGCAACGACCCCAAUGCCGGGCCCAAGUAUAUCGAGCGCGCUCAUCCGCUGGUCAGAGUCCAUCCUGCCACGGGCUGGAAAGCGCUCUGGGUGAACCGCGCAAUGACGAGCCAUAUCGUUGGCCUGGAUCGUGCAGAGAGCGACGUCAUUCUGAACUACCUAUAUGACGUUUAUGAGAAGAACGUGGACAUCCAGGUGCGAUUCAAGUGGACGCCGGGAACAAGUGCCCUGUGGGAUAAUAGAAUUACGAUUCAUAACGCGAGUUGGGAUUACGGUGGGAAGUAUCCAAGGCAUGGCACGAGGGUGACGAGUUUGGCCGAGAAGCCGUUCUUUGAGGCGGGUGCACCGACGAGGAGGGAGGCGCUGGGGCUGUUGGGGGAGGAUGAGAAGAAGGAGGGGUUGGAGGGGGUGAUUGAUGGUUGA